AUGGCGGCGGAGGUGCGCCGGGGGGUGGCGGACGAGGCAGCGGAGGAGGCGUCGCAACUAGUUCGCGUGCAUCUCGGCCUCGAGCGAUGCGCGGACGCCGGGGGCGCGGCGGACACGCGUCUCGAGGCGCCGCUCGGCGACAAGGCUGAGGCGUACAACCAUGACCUGCGCUUCCAAGCGGCGGUGGGCGACGCGCUCAAGGCCAGCGGCGUCGAUUUGACGGGGCUCGACCUUGGCAGCGACGAUGGCGUGAUGGUGGGCACGGUGGUCGCGUGGAUGGAGUCGGAGCCGUCGGCGCUGACGUCGCUGACGCUCGACUGGGGCAAGGUGUGCGGCCGCGUGCGGGAGGCGCUGCUCGGCGCGGUGCGGAAGACGCACACGCUCGUCGCGCUGAGCGUGGGCGAGGAGCGCGCGAUGCCGCUCAACCCGCUGCAGCUCAACGGGCGCGAGGCGGUGCCGUCGCUCGACUUGUCGGGGAAGCGCCUCGGACCCGCAUCGGCUGCGGUCGUCGCGGCGGGGGUUUCGGUCAACGGGGUAUUGACCUCUUUGAAUCUGGGCUUCAACGACCUCACCGAGGAGGCGGCCCUCGGCAUCGUGCGCGUCGAGCGGCAGCGCAACAAGCUGACCUCGCUGAGCUUGGCUCGCUGCAGCAUCGGCCCGACUGGCGCCGCGGAGAUCGCCGAGUACGUGUCGGGCAGCGCGGUGCUGACCACCCUCGCGCUCCCGCACAACAGCAUCGGCGCGGAGGGCGCAGCCGCGAUCGCAGAGGCGCUACGCGGCAACGGGGUGAUGACCACCCUCAAUCUCAAAGGCAACAACAUCCGCGCCGAGGGCGCCGCUGCGCUGGCCUCCGCUCUUCGCGUCAACGGGGUGCUGACCUCCUUGGAUGUGGGCUCGAACGGCCUCACCGAGGAGGCGGCCCUCGGCAUCGUCCGCGUCGAGCGGCAGCGCAACAAGCUCACCUCGCUGGCCUUGGAAAACUGCGGCAUCGGCCCGACUGGCGCCGCAGAGAUCGCCGAGUACGUGUCGGGCAGCGCGGUAUUGACCUCCUUGAACCUCUGUAACAACAACAUCCACGUCACGGGCGCCAUUGCGAUCGCCGAGGCGCUGCGCGGCAACGGGGUGCUGACCAACCUCGAUUUGUCCGGCAACAACAUCGGCGGCGAGACCGAUUACAUCAAGGCGAGCGAGGUCGAGGGCGAGUCCAAGGAGGUCGGGGCUAAGGUGGUUUAUCAGGGGCGCGAGAUGGUCGUGAGCGAGGGCGUGGACUCCGAUGGCGAGCUGAAGCUGGCAGACAGGACAGGCAUACUUGCCAUCGCCAAGGCGCUCGAGGUUAACGGGGUGCUGACGAGCAUCGACCUCCGCGGCAACAAUUUGAGCGAUGAGGGGAAGAAAGCGAUUCAGGAUGCGGUGAGCGGGCGGGAAGGGUUCAAGCUCGAGAUGUGA